AAUGCGCAACAGUCAGUCGUCAUGGUAUGUGACGUCACAAAAGAAAACAUCCUAGCAGAACUAUUGGUACCAUCAUCAAGACGUCGUUGGCAGUCCUUGCUUAGUUUGUCUCUGGUCAAAGAAAUCGACAUAAGGCAGGAUGAGAAACACGGUCGUAUAUCUGCUGUUGGCAUUAUGGUUCAUCUGUUCUGCAGAUGUGGCCAGCGCGGCUGAUUUCAACAUAGAGAUCGUCGGCUACUCCAAGCCCUGCGUCGGCUGCAAAGACCCAUGGAAGAUCCUGGGAGUCUUCGAGAGCAACGCCAAGAUAUCAGGCAACAAGUGCUACCAGCUGUUCGUGGACAGGUGCACCAACGGGAACUGCAUGUCCAACAAAACAUGGGAGAAGAUGUGUGAGUUACAAACCUUCCCUUGCGCCAGAGUGCAGUGCCCAUUGAAGACCAACCCCGUCAAGAGAGGGGAGAGAACUGAGUACGUCUGCGAGUGUUUUGGAGACAACCCUCGCUUGUACAUCUUCCCCGCCUUCCCAGCCCUGGCCUUCCGACUGCGACUGGCCACCUCCCCCAACCCUGACGAGGAAGCCGCCAUCAUGGCCAUGAGCAACUUCUUCUACACUAAAGUGUGAGGUAACCGAAAGGUUAAGCCCCGCCCAAAGGUUAAGCCCCGCCCCUAUUUGAUGAUGUGCAGGAAAGAUGGCCGUAGGGAGGGAGUUGUGGGGGAGCCCUGUCAAUGUUUCAACACACACACACACACAGUUCACACAGAAAGAUCGAGAAUCAAAACACAUCAGAAUCAACAAGUAUCAUUUUCGAUUCCAAGUCAACGAAUCGUACGAAGGGACACACCUAUUGAUUGGAAUAUGUAAGAAAUAUAUUACUUACAAAAACAACUUUCUUUCGCUGAAUGUUAAACCAAAAAAUGAAUAAAAUCAUAGCGCUCUU